UAGCCACCAGCUCCACACGGUCAGGGGUGUGAGCCUGUCAGCCCGCAGAUGCGCAGACAGGUCGUGACGUCACUGGCCGCCGCCGGCGCGCUUCCGUGACGCAACCCACCGCGCGGGGGAAGAUGGCGGCGCGGGUAAAUGGCUUGGGCUGGGCCACGCGGCCGCUGCUGCGGGUGGUCCAAACUUGGUGCCUUGACGGGCGGCGCUGGGUCCGGGCGCUGCGGCGGAACCCCGUGAGGGUGGUGUUUCCAUCCGGACAGGUGGUGGAACGGAAGCCCGGUCCUGGAAAGCAGCCCCGGAGGGCUGCGGCUGAGGCCAGUCCCUCCGAGCAGCGACCAAAGCAGCCGCUUCAGGUGUCACCAUCCCAGACGCCCUGCACCUGGGAAGAGUCGGGGCUUCGCUAUGAUAAGGCUUUACCCGGGGACAGAAGGCUGAGUGUAAUGACGAUAGUUAAGUCCAGGCCAUUUCGGGAAAAGCAAGGAAAGAUCCUGCUGGAAGGUCGCAGGCUGAUUGCAGAUGCUCUCAAGGCUGGUGCUGUGCCCAAAGUUUUCUUCUUUAGCCGUCUGGAAUACAUAAAGGAGCUACCCAUUGAUAAGCUGAAAGGUGUCAGCCUCAUUAAGGUGAAAUUUGAGGAUAUCAAGGAUUGGUCCGACCUAGUAACACCACAAGGAAUAAUGGGGAUUUUUGCCAGACCUGACCAUGUUAAGAUGACAUACCCAGAGACUCAACUUCGCCAUUUGCUGCCCUUAUUGUUGAUUUGUGACAAUCUCCGUGACCCCGGGAACCUGGGGACGAUUCUGAGAUCUGCCGCUGGGGCUGGCUGCAGCAAAGUAUUACUCACCAAAGGCUGUGUGGAUGCCUGGGAGCCCAAAGUGCUACGGGCAGCAAUGGGUGCACAUUUCCAGGUGCCCAUCGUCAAUAAUCUGGACUGGGAAACCUUGCCCAACUACCUGCCCACCAACACGCGGGUCUACGUGGCUGACAACUGCGGCCUUUAUGCCCAGGCCCAGAGGUCUGAUAAAGCCAGUGACCACGGUUGGGUAUGUGAGCGACGACUCUCGAAGUUACACAAGUAUGAGGAAGAAGACGAUGAUCUAGAACCUGGAGCCAGUAGAGCCUGGCUCCCUGAACUUGAGGUCCAGAGUUAUGACUUGGACUGGACAGAGGCACCAGCAGCUGUGGUGAUAGGUGGAGAGACCCACGGCGUGAGCCUCGAGUCCCUGCAGUUGGCCGAGAGCACUGGGGGCAAGAGGCUGCUGAUCCCCGUCGUGCCUGGUGUGGACAGCCUAAACUCGGCCAUGGCUGCGAGCAUCCUGCUUUUUGAAGGGAAAAGACAACUGCGUGUGAGGGCAGAACACUCGAGCAGGGACAGGAGUUACCACUGAGACGGAACAUGGAAGUCAGUCCUUGGUUUGAGGGGGUCCCCGCCCCUCCUGCAUUGUUAGGAGAUAGGCAGAGUGGGUAACUGUGGCUUCCUAGGCCAUAUCCAGGGGGCAAGAGGUGGGCAAGACACUAUUACAUGGUUAUUGGAAAAAUAAGAAUUUCCAUGAAUCUCUGCUUAUCCUCAAAAAUAACAAGGGUGAGAAUGCUUCUGAGAUUCCCCCUGCUCCCUAACAAAACUUCCUCUUGAGAGAACCCAAAGAUCAAGCAUGACUCGUGCCCCAAGUGGUGGCAGAGUGGGAUUGCUUUGAUAUGUUAGAGGGGAGAGGUUUUGGCAGGAACAGUCCCUUGGGUUGGCUGUGUUCUCCCUGGCGGACAGCCUGGAAUCGCCACUCUGGUGCCCCACUGUAGUCUGGGCCUGCCCGGGGCUUCACACAAAUGUCUGAUGCAAGUGGCCCACACUUUGUUCUUGAUACCCUCCAGGCCCUGUCAGCUUUUAGAAGGUAGGAGAGCCCACGAAGGCCGGGGCCUGGCCCUCUAGCUUCACAGAGCUGUAAUGCUUGUCCCACCAAUGGGCUAAGUCUGGGAGGCAGCUCAGGGACCUGUACCACUGAAGUCUGUUGGCAUUUGUUCUCAACACCUUGGAAAAGUACUAAGAAAGCAGAGGUCACUAACGGGAAGUUCAUGCCUUUCCAGCAUGAAACGAGUCUCCUGCAGCUUUGUCCUGGAUUAUCGUUCCUGCUGAUCCUCGUUACAAAAUAAAGAUCAAUGAAAGCAACAAA